UGACUAGACUGGGGAUAACAACUGGUAUAAAUUCAGAGCGGAAAGGGACGGCCGUGAUACAACCUCGCACUUUCUGCCGAAGUGGAUACAUUUUGAGGACUAGUUAUGGUGUUGAGGGACGUUUUGUGACAUCGCUAUGGGCUGGUCACUCUCACGGCUUAUGAGGAUCCACCAUGAGUUUUCAUCGGCGAAAGCUCGUAUCCUGAUGCUUGGGUUGGAUGGGGCAGGUAAUACGACGAUCCUGUACAAGCUGAAGCUGGAAGAGGACGUUUCAACCAUCCCCACCAUCGGCUUCAACGUGGAGACCAUCAGCCCGGCCAAAGGUGUGACGUUCACUGUGUGGGACGAGGGGGGUCAGCAGAAGAUCCGACAGCUGUGGAGACACUACUACCUCAACACACAAGGUCUGAUCUACGUGGUGGACAGCGCAGAUCGUCUGCGCAUGAAGGAAGCCAGGUCGGAGCUCCAUGGGAUCUUCAGUUCGCCGGAGAUGGCGGGGGUGCCGGUAGUGGUGAUAGCUAACAAGCAGGAUUUGCCAGGUGCCCUAAAGCCCCCCGAGGUUGCUGAGGAACUUGACAUGAGCGACCUCAAAAACCGGAAAUGGCACAUACACGGCGCAUGCGCACCAAAUGGAGAAGGGCUGUUCGAGUCGGUGCGGGAAAUGUCACGUCUUGUGAAAUACGUACAAAGAAAGGUCGAUGAUGAGUAUGGUCGCUCCACAAUAUCAAAUAUAUCAAACCAGUCAAAACUGCCCAGGGCACAAUUAUGACGUACAUAGGGAACAGCUGUGCCCUCGGAAAUACGGCUUCAUUUACGUCUUGAUCUGACACAGAAGAUGACGUCCACAGCUCUACCGGGGCCACUCCGGAUGUCCACCAUCCUGUAUGUAACUUCUCAUGACAGAGAUACUUGAUAUUGUUUGUUCCGGGUACUCUUAAGGCAGGCUAAAAUAUUGAAUCCAACUACAUGUGAGUGAGUGAGGCAGUCAGUUAGUCAUUAUUGUUUUGUUGUUUGUUUGUAAAUGUUAUGUAAAUAUUGUUUGUAUUUUUUCUUCAUAAUAAACACGUUUUUCAAACACAGUUACCCUUGGUUUUCCUGACACACAAAUAUGUUAUGGGGUCCGUAUGUGAGUGAGUGAGUACGGACUGUUAAUCAGCUUAAGGAAACUUUAAAAUUUUGCACACUUCCUGAAUAAUCACCUACUCCAAGCAGACGGUGUGUUGAAGUUGACCACCUGGCAAAAAGAACUGGCAGCAUAUAGAAUGGGAACUGAAACAUUUGUUCAGCGAAAGGUUGUGGCGUCAUAGCCAGGGAACUGUAGUGGUGGGAAAUCCUUUCUGGCAAUGUUGUGCGUUAUAACCAGUUUGGUGUUAUAACCAGGGUAGACUGUAUACAUGAAACACAAUAUAACCAUCCAGUCUGCAUCUAAGUACCCUUGGGAACAUGGGCCACAUUAUGCUGUUGAGGGUAAAAUCUCUUCAACACUCUGUACCCAGUUAUACAGUAAACUGUUUAAUUCA